GUCCUCCAGAUGUCGUGGCGCUCGUCUUUCCGAUGCUCAAAGUUUCGCUACGUCUUCGGGAAGCCAGCGACCAAGGAGCACAGCUACGAUGGAGUGCCAAUCACAAGAAGCGUCCAUGACAACCACUACUGCUCAGCCAAUCCCUGCUUCAUCGCCGUGGUGACGGAGUGCGCCGGGGGCGGGGCCUUCCUAGUCCUGCCCAUUCAUUGUUUGGGGAGAGUAGACCCUCACUGUCCGAGGGUUUGUGGUCACAGCGGCCGAGUCCUGGACGUCAAAUGGAAUCCAUUUAACGAUUAUUGCAUCGCCUCGUGCUCUGAAGACUGCACUGUGAAGAUUUGGGAUAUUCCAGUUUGUGGGGUCCAACAGAACCUGACCAAGGCCAGGAAGACUCUGACGGGUCACAGCAGGAGGGUGGCUAUCAUUGAGUGGCAUCCAACUGCUGAGAACCUGCUGCUUAGCUCGGGCUACGACUACAAGGUUCUCCUCUGGGAUGUGUCCCAUUCCGGUUCUGUGAUCAGACACCCGGUCCGAGUGGUCCUGAUGCCCGUCCACCAUCGCUACCCGUCCGAGGCGCUGCUGCUUUCCGUCAGCUUCAACAUCGACGGCAGCAGACUGGCGGUCACGUCUAAAGACAGGCGGAUUCGGGUUCUGGAGCCGCGGACCGGGAAGAUCCUACAGGUUUCCAGCAACAAGACGCACAGGGCUAACAAGGUUUUAUACAUCAGAGGGCUGAAGAUGCUCCUGUCCACUGGAAGCUCGCCCUGGAACCACAGACAGAUCCUCCUCUGGGACCCAGAUGAUUUAUCAGAGCCUCUGUAUGAAGAAGAUCUGGACGGAUCUGCAGGAGUUCUCUUCCCGUUCUACGACCCUGAUACACAGAUGCUCUACUUGGCUGGAAAGGGGGACGGGAACAUCAGAUACUACGAGCUGAGCUCUGAGAAACCCUACAUCAGCUUCCUGAUGGAGUACAGAUCCCUGCUGCCACAGAAAGGACUGGGUGUGAUGCCGAAACGCGGCCUGGAUGUGAGCGCGUGUGAGAUUUUCCGCUUUUAUCGGCUAAUUGCCGUCAAAGACCUGCUAGAGCCUCUGUCGAUGAUCAUACCACGGAAACAGUCUGAGGUUUUCCACGAGGAUUUGUAUCCAAUGACGGCUGGAAACCAGCCAGCUUUAACGGCUCAGGAGUGGCUGCUGGGCAUCAACAGGGGCCCGGUGCUGAUGUCCUUGAGGCCGGAGGCUCGUGUGGAAAACCCGUACGCUGAAAUUCCUGCGGAUAAAAACCAGUUGAGGCAGCUGAGCGCCGUCAGGUUCCAGACAAACACAAACCUGGACUUUAUGGAAAAGGCUUUCCUGGAGGAGCAGCUGGCCUAUCAGGACGCCAAAUACCCCAGAGAGCUGAGCGAUCUGUCGGGCUGGCAGCCGGAUGAGACGGAGAGUCCGCUGUGGUCGUACCGCUGCACACCUCACUGCCGCGAACCGGCCAAGAAACCGCCACCGACAACCGAGAGCGAGCUCCUGGAGGCAUUUUACAAACAACAAGACGAGAUCAGAGGCUUGAAGGAGGAGCUGCAUCAGAAAGAGGUGAGAAUCGCUAAACUGGAGGUGAAUAUAAAGAACAGGAGCAACCUGAGGGCGACCUUCUGACCCAAUCACAUUUAUUCACACUGACCUCAACAACAUGGAAGCUGUUUCACUUUUGCUCCAGAAACAAAGAACUGUUUAAUUUAUAUGUAUAAAAAUUGUGAAAAUAAGAUUAAAACUUGAUAAUUAAAUGAAAUGAAUAGAC